AUGAAGGUUCUCUUUCUUGUCGCUGUUCUCUUCUGCUUGGUUCAAAUGAACUCAGGGGAUAUUCCGCCUGGAAUUAGAAAUAUUAUCUGCCUUAUGCAACAUGGAACCUGCAGACUUUUCUUCUGCCAUUCUGGGGAGAAAAAGGGUGAAAUCUGCUCUGAUCCCUGGAACAGGUGCUGCGUACCUAAUGCAAAGGAAGAGAGAAAAGAGAAACCAGAGAUGGAUGGCGAGUCUGGGACCUAA